AUGAAGGGCCAAUCGAAGAUACCAAUGCCCACAUCCUCCAACAGGAUGGACGGCAUGUCCACGCGGAAGUACACGCCUUCCUUGCCCACGAUGCCCAUCCUCCCUCCUCGACGCCCACAAGCGAGCGUUGUGCCUCAACGGGCACAACAGAGCCCGCCCGAGUCAGUGGCUCGACCGGCCGUGGAUCAGGCAGAUGCCCAUUCUCAAGGAUCCUGGGAAACAUGUGAUGAGGGACCCAGUAGCCCGGACUGCAGCCCAAUACAUAGCCCAGUUGAAGAGGCAGCCUCAGGGCAGUCAGAUGUCGAUCCGAUCGCUAUCGAUAGCGUAGAGGAGGAGCCUAGCGAGCUGGACGAGUCCUGGCAUGGGACGAGGACAGAGAAGUGUUGCCCAGAGAUCAUUUUGAAACGGCUGUUGACGUGGACACACUUCCAGAUCAGCCUUCCGAGGGAGACGCAUCUCCAGAUCAGCCUUCUGAAGACGGUGCAUCUUCGGCUGAAGCAGCGGAAGAUGAAGAAGACGGAGAAGAGCCCCUAA